UAAAUACAGGAAAAACAACAAAGUGAGCGCUGAUUGGUAGUUGAAGACAAUCUGCACGUGCCUCGUGAUCGUUUCUGUGACCCUGAAGUUUCCGGGAGACACAUUUCGAUGUAACACCUGCGCAUCCGGUGAAGCUAAUUUAGCUUCAAACGUCGGACCGUAGACGUGAAUGGGCGCACUGUGGAGAAGAGAUGGACAGCGAACAGGGAACCUUCACAGCAUCCGGUCCGGUCCAGAGGUUUUUCCUGAAAGUCCGAGUGGCCGUGGCACUGGCCAUAAUCAGGAGCAGACCCCGGGGCGUGAGCGGCCGCGCGCACGCCGAGGCUCUGGCCGCCGAGCUGAGCGGCCGGGAGGGAGGCUGGAGGACGGAGGUGCAGCUCCUGCGGCAGGAGGUGCUGCGGCUGCGGCAGGAGGUGCUGAUCGCCAGGCUGAGCCGCUCCGAGGCCGGUGCGGACGACACCCCCGAGGCUGGCUCACAGGAUCUGUUUGGUCCAGAAGGUUUGGUUCACGCUGACUCGGACACGCCGGACCUGAGUCUGCAGGACCUUGUGUCUGCAGUCACUUCCCCUCAGCCACCAGUUUGUGCAGCCAUGCAUCCCCAUGUGCACUUCCUCCAGCGGCUGUGCUCCCUGCAGCGAGUAGGAGGGAGGAACCAGGGCCUGGAGGCUCUGUGGUUCAGCCCUGAUGGGGAGGCGGGGUCGGUGCUGGUGGACUCCCUGUGCCGGCUCCUUGACUCGGUGGUGAGGACGUGCGGGGGUCCUCCUCUGGGCUUUCACGACCCCGUUCCUCAGGCCUGUCGGGUCGCGGCGCAAGCGAUGGACCUCUUUUGCUCUCAGAGGCUGCCAUCUGUGGAGCUGAAGAAACAUGUGGAGGAGUCGCUGAGGGAGCUGACUGUGAUGCUGUUGCACAGUAAUCAGCCCAGCAGGGCUGCCGAGGAGCUGACGCCGUGUCUGAUGACCCUGGGGAGCAGCAGCUUGUCAAAGUCCUUCCUCAUCGGCCACCUCCUCUCUCAGCUUAGCGCUCUGGCUCAUGGGCUCUGGCAGGCCUUCCAGGAGCCGGGGACUUCAUCCCUCGAAGCGUUUCCCUUGGAUCAGUACCAGAACUCUACCUACCUGUUUGGGAUUCUGGAGGUGCUCCUGCAGAACCCAGAGGUGCCGAGCAGGCUGGAGGUGGAGACGGAGCAGAUGGGCUUCCUGAGUCAUUUGGAGCAGCGCGUCUUCCUCCUGUCAGAUGAGUUCCCCUUGUUUUGCAUCGCUAUGUGGAGGAUAGGACGCCUCCUCAGGGAGUAAGGGGACAGGGAGGCCAGACUGAAGUAGGACAGGUGACUUUCUGAGCAGACUCUGAUCCUCUGAUCCUCCCUCAUCACCAUAAGCGCUGCACUGUGGAUUCACCCGCCACCUAACUAAUUAAUGUAUUAAAACAAAGCCUGUUUCCAGUCAAGGUGGAAUAUUAAACCAAGGCGCUGGUGAUGAUCAGCGUUUACAGCAGGAAGGACCCAACUAAAACCAUUUGUAAAUCGUCCUGCUAAUGUCUAAGUGUUUAUUAAGCCCUUUUUAGUUUCUGUCCAAGAUAGAGUUGUUUUGAUGAUGUCUCCAACAUUAGUUGUAUGUGUUAAUUCCAUAAAGUUUCCAGCUGACCAACUGCUCAGUGAGGAUCAGUGACUGUUACUGUAUGUGAUAAAUGUGCUUCUAAUUAUUGG